GGUGUCACCCAAUAAAAGCCACCUGAAUAAAACCCAGUGUCACCACUCGUACCCCAGACAGUGUGCCAUCCACACAAUGAAGCACAUCAUCCUCUUCCUCUACACCGUUGCCACGGUAACCCAAGGCGUUCUGGGUGCACGAGAUCAGUGCAACAGUACGGUUCCAUGCCCACUCAGUAAUGGCUACCAGAUGGACUGCAAAUACGAAUUUGGCGGCGGGAUUGGUUGCGCCUGCAAGAGGUGUUUCUGCCCCGGGAACACGCAGCAGUUCACGUACCACGGUUGCGUCCCCCGCCCAAAAAUUGGCGAGAGUUGCGGUUACCAGAAUGUCACCGUGGGUUGCUUGACCUCGCGGGCGAUAUGUACCGUUGAAAGCGGUAAUACGUGUCAAUGCAUUAGUAUGCACGUUGAUGAUCCACCACAUUACCCCAGCCAUGAUUUGGAGAGAUGCAUCCCCAAACCGGUCCUACUAGACCAACCAUGCUCGAUUGCAGCGCCAUGUGACAAUAUUCCUGGGGCGGUGUGCGGCGUAGCGCAUCAGUGCGCAUGUGCGAGUGAUUCGUACCCUCAUGAGGAUGGGAGAUCGUGCAUCCAAGCACCCAGAAUUGUCGGUGAUCUAUGCUCCCAGCGCAAUACGUGUGACAGAAUUCCAUACUCAGAAUGCAUCACGGGACAAGAUGGGGACCUUCCGAUUCCUUCCGACCUUCCGACGUGUCAAUGCCGUCCGCUCUACCAAGUCCCACACCUUGGAGAAGCAGACAGAUGUCUCCCAACCGAGAUUGGCCUCUCUUGCAGUGAUCAAGCGGCCAAUUGUGACCUUAUUCAUGGCGCCCGGUGUCACGGAAGUGAAGCCAGAUCGAUGUGUUUGUGCCCCAAGAGUUUACCAAAUUUAGAGUUCACCAAAUGCAAUAAAAAAUAAUGAGAAACUUAUUUAAUUUUAAAUCUAUAUAAUGUCAGCUCUGCAUUAACUCUCUCUAUUAUCUGUACUUCUAAAAAAAUUGUCUAAAAAAUAAAUAGUAUAGUAACUUUCACAGCAUAAA